CAGCAGCGCGACCGCGUCAACCUGCGAAAUUUGUUGACAGCAGCCACCUGCGCCCGACAACAGCACAGCUUCUGCUUGCGCCGACCCCGAUUACGGACCUCUGGCAAGCUGUACCGGUGCUGUCGCCCUGAGUCUUGCCCGAGAAUCGACGACUACGACGGCCGAAACCUGCAGACCGCUGCUACGCUCCAAGCGGCGACACGGUGUCGUCAUUUCUGGAUACCACCCCGAGACCAGACGCCCGGGCCAGGGGGGACAGACGACCGUACAACCCCAACGGGAGAUCACGCCGACGGGAGGAUGCGCUGCGAGCCUUGAUGGAAGUGACGUCUCGGGAUUGCAACUAGGUCUCCUCGAUACUCCCGUUUUCCGCAGCCGAAAGCUUCGCCGGACUAUUUGAAACUGCCGAGCCCCGCGCAUUGCCUACGUCGAAGCUCUCAUCGAGAGGGGACCAAGCGAGGUCCCCUUGGACCAAUCCGCAGCUAUGGCGCCCGCAGGUGGAGGUAACAUUAAGGUGGUGGUGAGAGUGCGACCCUUCAACGGGAGAGAAAUCGACCGAGGAGCGAAGCAGAUCAUUUCUAUGAAAGGGAACCAGACGGUUCUUACAACACCUGACAACAAGGGCGUGAAAGACAAUACCCCCAAGGCGUUUGCGUUCGACAGGUCGUACUGGUCCUUCAACAAAGCCGACUCCAACUAUGCUGGCCAAUCCGACCUUUUCGACGACCUUGGUCAACCUCUGUUGGAAAAUGCGUUUCAGGGCUACAACAACUGUAUCUUCGCCUACGGCCAGACAGGUUCCGGAAAGUCAUACUCCAUGAUGGGUUAUGGCAAGGAAGUUGGCAUCAUCCCAAUGAUUUGUCAAGAUAUGUUCAGGAGGAUAAACGAGAUCCAACAGGACAAGGCAACCAAAUGCACCGUGGAGGUCUCCUAUCUCGAAAUUUACAACGAGCGAGUGCGCGAUCUUCUCAACCCGUCUACCAAGGGCAACCUGAAGGUUCGAGAGCACCCUUCGACCGGACCAUACGUCGAGGAUCUUGCUAAGCUCGUGGUGAGCGGUUUUCAAGAAAUCGAGCACUUGAUGGACGAAGGAAACAAGGCCCGAACCGUCGCCGCAACCAACAUGAAUGAAACAUCCAGUCGAAGUCAUGCUGUCUUUACCCUCAUGUUGACACAGAAGAAGUACGAUGCGGAGACGAAGAUGGCGAUGGAGAAGGUUGCCAAGAUCAGUCUGGUCGAUUUGGCUGGUUCUGAAAGAGCUACGUCGACUGGUGCAACAGGUGCUCGAUUGAAGGAGGGUGCCGAAAUCAACCGAUCUCUGUCGACCCUCGGUCGUGUCAUCGCCGCUCUCGCUGAUUUGUCAACGGGAGGAAAGAAGAAGAAGGGUGGCGGCCAAGUCCCAUACCGAGACAGUAUUUUAACUUGGUUGCUCAAGGACUCUCUGGGUGGAAACAGUAUGACGGCCAUGAUUGCAGCCAUUAGUCCCGCUGACAUCAACUACGACGAAACUCUGAGCACCCUUCGAUAUGCCGACUCUGCGAAACGCAUCAAGAACCACGCCGUGGUUAAUGAAGAUGCCAAUGCCCGGAUGAUCCGAGAGCUCAAGGAAGAGUUGUCACUCCUGAGAAGCAAGCUGGGGGGUGGUACGCCUGGUGGCGUGGGCGGUGCUGCAGUCCCUCCCGAGGAGGUGUAUGCAGAGGGUACGCCUCUCGAGCAGCAAAUGGUCAGCAUCACUAGCUCAGAUGGUGUUGUGAAGAAGGUCUCAAAGGCAGAAAUCGCUGAGCAAUUAAGCCAAAGCGAGAAGCUGCUCACAGAUCUCAACCAAACUUGGGAGGAAAAGCUUCUCAAGACUGAAGAGAUCCACAAGGAGCGUGAGGCUGCCCUGGAAGAGCUCGGCAUCAGCAUUGAAAAGGGUUUUGUUGGCUUGCAUACCCCGAAGAAGAUGCCCCAUUUGGUCAACUUGUCCGACGAUCCGUUGCUUGCCGAGUGUCUUGUGUACAACCUAAAGCCAGGAACGACCACUGUCGGCAACGUUGACACCAAUGCAGACCAUCAAGCCAACAUUCGACUGAACGGCACGAGGAUUCUACACGACCACUGCGCCUUUGAGAACGCCGCCGAUGGCACUGUGAUGCUCGUUCCUCAGGAAGGAGCAUCGGUUAUGGUCAACGGAAGGCGCGUCACUGAACCAAAGCAGUUGCAUUCCGGAUACCGAGUCAUUCUGGGAGACUUCCACAUCUUCCGAUUCAACCACCCGACGGAGGCUCGAGCCGAACGAGCAGAGGUUGGCGGGAGCUUGCUGCGACACUCAAUUACGGCAAGCCAACUGCAGGCCCUUGAUCGAUCAUCGCCCUCGCCUAGCCCACGCCCAGGCCACGAGAGAUCCUUUAGUAGGGUGUCGGAAAUUGGUGACUUGUCACGGCCGGAAUCCCCAGCACUUUUCUCACGCACCGGCAGGGACUCAGACUGGUCUCUGGCGAGACGAGAAGCGGCUGGCGCAAUUCUUGGCACGGAUCAGAACUUUACAAGUCUUACGGAUGAAGAGCUGAACGCACUGUUUGAAGAGGUCCAGAGGGCUAGAGCCGAGCGUGUGAAUGGUCGAGAAGACGGAGAAGACUCGGAGUCCGUGACCUCCUAUCCGAUCAGGGAUAAGUACCUGUCAACUGGUACCCUCGACAACUUGUCCCUGGACACGGCACUUACAAUGCCCUCAACACCCAAGCAUGGCGAACCCGACGACAGACUAAGAGAAGUCCGAGAAGAGCUCCAAAGUCAGCUAGAGAGGCAAAAGGAGGAAUACCAAGGUCAGCUCAAGAAUGCGGAAGUAGCCAAUGUGGAGAUUGAGGAGAUCAAAAAGGAGAAAGUCAAGAUGGAGGCAGCUUUGCAGGAGUUGAAGGAGGAUAUGCAAAAACAACUCGUUGUUCAACGGAAACAAUACGAGGAGAAGAUUGAGAAAAUGGAUCCGCUGAAUAGACCGAAGAUGAGCCCGAAGCUCUCCGACGAAGAAAUCGAGCAGGCGAAGCGAACUGUCAAGAUAUGGCGGAGCCGGCACUUUGUCAAGAUGGCAGAGACCGUUCUCCAGAACGCUGCUAUCGUCAAGGAGGCGCAGAUUAUGAGUAACGAACUGGAUGAGAGCGUCGUGUUUCAAUUCACUGUGGUGGAUAUUGGACAUGUCCUGUGCUCGUCGUACGACAUGGUUCUGAACGGCCUCACAGGAGAGGGAGACGACAUCGCGCUAGAAGAAGCCCAAAAGCCGUGCAUUGGCAUUCGGGUGGUCGACUAUAGAAAUAACGUGGUUCACCUCUGGAGCCUGGAGAAGUUGCAAGAUCGAGUUCGACAGAUGCGGCAGAUGCACCAGUAUCUCGACCAGCCGGAAUACGCACAGCACCUGAGUCUCGACAACCCGUUUGUUGAAACCUGCAUGCCUUCGUACACCUUGGUGGGCGAGGUUGACGUGCCGCUGAAGGCAGUCUUCGAGAGCCGGGUUCAGGAUUCCACGUUGGAUGUUCUCUCCCCGUACACGUCCCACGUUGUCGGUAUUAUCAAGCUCUCCUUGGAGCCAUCGCAUGCACGUGCACCAACGAACACCUUGAAAUUCAACGUCGUCAUGCAUGAGCUGAUUGGUUUUGCCGAGCGAGAAGGCAGUGAGGUGCACGCCCAACUCUUCAUUCCUGGCAUUUCCGAAGAGGAUGGUAUCACUACCACACAGAUGAUCAAAGAUUUCGACGAGGGGCCCAUCCGAUUCGAGAGCGUUCAUAGCAUGAGUGUUCCCCUCUUUGCGCCCCAGGAUGUUACACUGAGAGUGGCUAUUUUUGCCAAGGUGUCGACGAUGCAUUUGGACAAACUUCUUAGCUGGGACGACAUGAGGGAUGCGGUGCCGAUGAAGAACGACCCCAAGGGAACUCGGAUCAAUGAGUCGCAGUUUUUCACGCAGGAAAAGCAUGAUCUGCUCUCCCGUGUUCAGAUCAUGGAGCUUAAUGAGGUGGGCGAGUACGCUGCUGUGGAGGUGACGCAGACCAGCGAGCUGGAUACUGGGACAUUCCAACUGCAUCAAGGCCUGCAAAGAAGAAUCGGCAUCAACAUUUCCCACAGUUCGGGCGAAGCCCUGCCCUGGGGAGACGUCUCUGCUGUCCGUGUCGGGAAGAUUCGACUGGUGGACUCCGCUGGAAAGACCCCUGAUAUGGCUUCCAAUGACCCCGAUCUUACGCUCAAGCUGUCUUCGAGUCCAGUCUUUCGUGAGAAUGCCAACGGUACCCGGAACAUUGCCAUAUUCGCCCAGUGGGACUCGAGUAUGCACAACUCGCUUCUACUCGACCGGGUGACUGCGGACAAGUAUCGUGUCCAGAUGACAAUUUCUUGGGAGAUCAGUUCAGAGAAGCUGGCUGAGCCAAUGAAGUUCUCACAGAAGGUCUGCGUCCAGAUCAUGUCGAGAUCCUUUGUGCGCCAAACCUCGGUCUUUUCGUCCCUCUUUCAAAAUGUUAGGUUUGUGCGGUCAUCGACCGGCAUUUUCACGCUGACCAUGCGACCUGCCCCCAUCAAGAGAAUCGGUGAUCUGUGGAGGAUGAAUAGCCAGCAUGAUUAUGUCAAGGGAGAGGAGAACUUGACCACCUGGACUCCUCGCGGAGUGUCCUUGGUUGGUGAUUUUAUCCUGGCGCGCAAGAAGAAGAAGCGAAUGGCAGAGAUGGGGGCAACUCAGACAGUUCUCUCGAAACUUGGACUGGAUGGCACCAACGACAAGUCUGCCCAGGAUGAACCUGUACCCGAACCCUCUCCGGAGCUGAAGCCCAUCAUCCCGGAUGACGAUGACCUCCUCAUCGAUACUCCUGACACUUCCCAAGCCCCUCUCGACGAAGAUGAAUUUUUGGAUGGGGAAGCUGAGGGAGCAGAUGGAGUAACUGAGAUAGCCGAGGAGGAAGACACCAUCAAAGUGGAGGAGGUACAGCCUAAGCCUGAAUAUGACGAAGAAACGACGGAUCUUCUUGGGAGGUGCCUCAAACUCUGGAAGAAGUAUCCAGAUCCGCUGGUCAGCAUCCUGAGCCCAGCAAACACGGCGCCACCUACGAAUGGUGUGACGAGCGACUUGCCGCCGCCGCCCACUCUAAUUACAACCAUUAUUAGGGUGCCCAAGAACCCCAAGGUGUUGAAGGGAGGGUACCUGUUGAUACCAAACAGCGAUUCGACGCGGUGGGUUAAACGGUUUGUGGAGUUGAGAAGGCCGUACCUUCACAUCCAUUCUGCCACAGAUGGUGACGAGGUUGCGCUGGUGAGCUUGCGAAAUUCGCGUGUCGAUAGUCAGCCUGGAGUGCUGGGUCUCCUGCACGGUCCAGAUGACUAUGAUGCUCCGCAAGGCCAGAAUGCGGGAGCUGAUUUCACACCGGGCCACCGGCGUACAGGGUCGGGUCGCGUCAUCUCCACCAUCUGGACGGGCACGGGCGGGGGAGGCUCGCAUGGGGAUGGUCCCGGACUCCAGCGUCUCAGCGAACGAAUGCAAUCAGCUGUAUUUGCCAUAUAUGGUACGGACAACACGUGGCUCUUUGCGGCGCGGAGCGAGCGCGACAAGAUGGAUUGGAUCUUCCGGAUUGACCAGACAUUCAUGUCGAGCAACGAUAGCGUCCCUGGCAGCGGAGUGGCGAGCCCCUUUCCUGGAUACUAAUUCUCGAAGGGGGAGUGAGUGAAUGAAUGGGGUUAUGACUUGAAACGUUCUCUCAUUUCAGCAUAUAACUUUUCUUUUGUCACGUUUGGCGGUGAAUUAGAUGAGAUGAAUUAUACCCCCGAAGAAUGAGGAGGGAAACGCCGCUGAUGUAGGAGUACUGUUAAAAAAAAAACCUGGAUAUAGGUAGGCUCGAGAAGUCUGGAUGCCGACGUGGGCGCAGGCCCCAAGGCGGCGAGCACUCGAGUUAGAAUCCAAUUUGGAUAGGACUAUAAUGUGAACGAAUAAUAUCA